CUGCGUAAAUGUAACUGAAAACGUCAAACUGUUAUGUUUUGUCGACUAUCCAUCUAUUCUAUUUCCAUCAGUUUUCUAAAUAAAUUUCUACAAAUGUGUGACUAACGAUUAAAGUUGCAGCAAUGCACCGACUAGCAGCAAUUACAUCGAUUAUCCUAUCAGUUUUACCCGUCAUAUGGUCAGGAAGCAAUCCAUACGAACACGAACCAUAUCGUCCUUUGGGGCCUUUGGUGAAAUGCACUUUCUUGCCACUGGAGUUCUUAGAAUGUGAUGAACCAUACGACCAUAAAGGCAAUUACACGGCUAAAGAAGCUGCUGGGCACGGCUGCGUGAAGUACGGCGGUGUUUAUUACAAAGAUGUUGAGAUAACUAAAGCGCAGUGCAAAGUGUUUGAUGGGAUCGAGUGUUUUGGUAUAAGGAGCUUCCUGCGCGAUGGGUUUCCGUGUGUUAAGUACUCGGGCCACUACUUUACGACCACUUUAAUCUACAGUAUACUUCUGGGCUUCCUGGGAAUGGACCGGUUUUGCCUGGGGCAAACAGGUACAGCGGUAGGAAAGCUGCUGACAUUAGGAGGACUCGGUAUCUGGUGGAUCGUAGACGUGGUACUACUGAUCACAAACAGACUGCAUCCAGAAGAUGGGAGCAACUGGAACCCAUUUGUAUAGUUAUAAGUUUAUAACUCUAAAUUAAUAUUAAGUUAAAGUGGAUCUUUACUUUGUGAUAUUGUGUAUUAAAAAAAAUGUAAAUAAAAUCAUUUAUGACUGUUUUAUGUAA